CCCGGCGGAGGAGCCCGCUGCAGCAGCACCCCCGCUCCCACCUCACACAGCUCGAGGGAGGGGGACCCCCCCCGACCCCAGCCUCUCCGUGCGUGAGAGGGCCCGUCCCCAUCCAGCCCGCCGCCGGCAUCCCCCGGGUGCCACAACUCCAGCUCGCCGCGCUACCAGUUUAGGCCCAGAUCUUGCAGUACACUGAUGGAUCAAGUACAUGGUAGGAGGGACCUUAGGAUCUGAUCCCGCAGACACUUCAGUUGAACUACUCAUGUCAAGUUUGGAUGCCUUUUGAGUUCAUCUUCUCCUUUCCAGAAGAUAAAUUGUGAAAUUGAAUAAUGUGGAAAGUCCUUCCCCUCUCUUUUUGUAUGUGACUUUGAGAAAAGAUUGGUAUGGUCUUAACAGCACAAGAUCAUCUCUAGAAAUUAGCUGCAAUUAUGAGUUCAGAGGAGAAGGGUGUAUCUCCUGCUCACAAAACAUCCACUCCAUCACAUAAAAGUGCCUCCUCUUCAUUGUCAUCUCAGAGGGACAGUAAGCAGAGUGCUCAUGUAUUAGAGCGAAAUAUUUCUUUUGGAAGUGCAGACUCAUCUGUAAGCAAGCAGCUGCUUGAAACUGAGUCUGUCUCUCUGUCUAAGGAACCUGACAGCUGGGAAAUCAUAGAGGGGCUGAAAAUAGGCCAGACUAAUGUCCAGAAACCAGACAAACAUGAAGGUUUCAUGCUGAAGAAAAGAAAAUGGCCUUUAAAAGGCUGGCACAAGCGCUUUUUUGUCCUGGAUAAUGGAAUGUUGAAGUAUUCAAAGUCACCAAUUGAUAUUCAGAAAGGCAAGGUACAUGGAAGCAUUGAUGUUGGCUUAUCAGUUAUGUCAAUUAAAAAGAAAGCUCGUAGAAUAGACCUUGAUACAGAAGAGCAUAUCUACCACCUGAAAGUGAAGUCCCAGGAUUCAUUUGAUUCAUGGGUAUCAAAACUGCGCCACCACAGAUUGUACCGUCAGAAUGAGAUUGUAAGAUCACCAAGGGAUGCCAGCUUUCACAUAUUCCCAUCAGCCUCUACUACAGAGUCUUCACCAGCUGCUAAUGUUGCUGUGUUAGAUGGAAAGGUUCCACAAAAUAGCUUCCCAUGGCAACCCCCCAUACCAUGUAGUAAUAGCCUUCCUGCAACAUAUACUACUGGCCAAAGUAAAGUAGUAGCGUGGUUGCAGGAUUCUGAGGAGAUGGACAGAUGUGCAGAAGAUCUUGCACACUGCCAAUCAAACCUUGUGGAACUUAGUAAGCUGCUUCAAAAUUUAGAAAUUCUACAGAGGACUCAAUCGGCACCAAACUUCACAGACAUGCAGGCUAACUGUGUAGAUAUUUCAAAGAAAGACAAGCGGGUCACAAGACGAUGGAGAACAAAAAGUGUCAGCAAAGAUGCAAAAAUACAACUUCAGGAAGGGCCAGCGCUGAAGGGCCAGUUCAGCACAACACGACGCCGGCAGAGACUAGCAGCAGCUGUGGCUACAACAGUCCCUUUCAGUGCUACAAUGUCACCGGUUCGCCUGCACUCAUCCAACCCCAAUCUUUGCGUAGACAUCGAAUUUCAGACUCCUCCAAGCCAGGUAGCUGACCCCUUGGAAUGCUCCAUGGAGUAUAUCAAACUUCAAGAAGAGUUUUGCCUCAUGGCACAGAAAGUUCAUUCUCUUUUGAAGUCUGCCUUUAACAGCAUAGCUAUUGAGAAGGAAAAGCUUAAGCAGAUGGUUUCAGAACAGGAUGUUACAGGCCACAAUUCACAAAUAACACGCCUCAGACAAUCACUUUCUCAGGCUCUCAACCAGAAUGCUGAACUAAGGAGUCGCUUGAACAGAAUACAUUCUGAGUCUGUUAUUUGUGAUCAGGUUGUCAGUGUAAAUAUUAUCCCUAGUCCCGAUGAGACUGGUGAACAAAUCCAUGUCAAUCUCCCAUUGUCUCAGCAAGUUUCUAAUGAGAGUAGGCUCUCUAUGUCCGAAUCUGUCUCUGAAUUCUUUGAUGCACAGGAAGUGCUUUUGUCGGCAAGCUCAUCAGAAAAUGAGGCUUCUGAUGAUGAAUCCUAUAUCAGUGAUGUGAGUGAUAACAUAUCUGAGGACAACACCAGUGUUGCAGACAACGUUUUCCGACAAAUUCUUAAUGGUGAGCUAGCAGGAGGUGCAUUCCGGAAUGGACGUCGGACUUGUCUCCCAGCUCCCUGUCCUGAUACCAGUAAUAUUAAUCUGUGGAAUAUUUUGAGAAAUAAUAUUGGCAAAGAUCUCUCCAAAGUCUCCAUGCCAGUUGAGCUAAAUGAACCUCUUAAUACUUUACAACACCUUUGUGAAGAACUGGAAUACAGUGAACUCCUGGACAAAGCUGCUGAAACUGAUGAUCCGUACGAACGCAUGGUUCUCAUAGCUGCCUUUGCAGCUUCAGGGUAUGCCUCCACUUACUACAGAGCAGGAAGCAAGCCAUUCAAUCCAGUGCUUGGGGAGACUUAUGAAUGUAUUAGGGAAGACAAAGGGUUCCGAUUUUUCUCAGAGCAGGUUAGCCACCAUCCACCCAUUUCUGCCUGUCACUGUGAAUCAAAGAAUUUUGUGUUUUGGCAAGAUAUCAGAUGGAAAAAUAAGUUCUGGGGGAAAUCAAUGGAAAUCCUGCCAAUUGGAACACUGAAUGUGACUUUUCCAAAAUAUGGAGAUUACUAUGUGUGGAACAAAGUCACCACCUGCAUACACAACAUCCUUAGUGGAAGGAGAUGGAUAGAGCAUUAUGGAGAAAUAACAAUCAGAAACACAAAAAGCAGUGUUUGUAUUUGUAAGCUCACAUUUGUCAAGGUGAAUUAUUGGAAUUCAAAUGUAAAUGAAGUCCAAGGGGUUGUCAUGGACCAAGAAGGAAAGGUGGUGCAUCGCCUCUUUGGAAAGUGGCAUGAAGGGCUGUACCGUGGGGUUGCACCUUCAGCAAAAUGUAUAUGGAGGCCAGGCUCCAUGCCAACCCACUAUGAACGUUAUUAUGGCUUUACAAGGUUUGCUAUUGAACUCAAUGAGUUAGAUCCUGUAUUGAAAGAUAUUCUUCCAACAACAGAUGCACGAUUCAGGCCAGAUCAGAGACUUUUGGAAGAAGGAAAUGUAGAAGCAGCAGCCACAGAAAAGCAAAGAAUAGAGGAACUCCAGAGAAGUCGAAGGCGAAACAUGGAGGAGAACAACAUUGAGUACAAACCAAAAUUUUUUAAAAAAGUUAUCGAUGCCAAUCAAAGAGAGAGCUGGGUUUCUAAUGACACCUAUUGGGAACUGCGAAAGGAUCCUGGCUUUAGUAAAGUAGAAACCCCCAUACUCUGGUAAACUGAGAAUGUAGAUCUAGUAAACAUAUCACUCUCUGAAGAAAAAAUUAAUAACUAUGCACAAUAUGUUUCUUAUAGCUAAGUGUGGUUUGUGAGUCUACAGAAAACCUAGCAUUCGCUUUUAUAUUCAUCUUUAUAAUGGACUUUCGAAAGUGCAUUAGACCAGGUCCCUGACCACUUUUGGACCCUUUUUAUUUUGCAGCAGCCAUUUAAAAAUAACCUUUAAAGUUUCAUGUAUUAAAAAUGCAAAACAAAGGAAGCAGAUUCGUUAUCCAAAGUUGCUCGGAAGAGGUUGUAAUACACAAAACUGCAACUGGUGCUUAAAACAGACAUUGAGAGUAACAACAAACAAACAAAAUGAAAGAAAAAACAUUUUGUUUUAACUUAUUUUGUUAAAAACUCUUGUGUUACAAUAGUCUUAUCAUUUCCGGCUUGAGGCUAGUCCUUUAGGGUAUGUCUACGCUACGGGAUUAUUCCGAUUUUACAU